UUGAGCGUUCUAUAGUGAAAAGGCCGCGGUAAGGAGGGGGUCUGGCAAAUCCUGUCCACGGAUUGGAAGUUGGAUUUGGAAGGGGCGUGAUCUAUUACACACCUCUGGGCAAGGAUAGGUAAGUACGCCCGUGAGGCGGAGUGAAUAUGACAUUUCGGGGCGGGUCUUGGAUACAAUUCACAGCCACACAUUUUGAAUGUUGUGUCCUCGUGAUAGGAUACAGGACUACACUACUCUUUUUUUCCAUUUCUGUAAUAUUUAGUUCCUUCUAGAAGACAUGGGCAAGCAUGAGAAACGAACACAUACAGACACCUCUAGGGAUCAAAUAAGUUAAAUUAUAUUCUAAAGACUGAGUUAACCAAUAUAAAAAAAUAGAUUUUAUUUGCAACAACAAAAAAGCUUUCAACAAUCUUGAAUGUCCUAUUUAUCCUCUUACAACAACUUGAAUAACUUUUUUCUCUCCUUUUUUAGCUGUCUCCAAUUCAUUAUUGAACCCUGAACAUGGAAUGUAUGGCUGUAAUGUAUGUUCAUUGAUGAAGCAGUUUACAAUUUCACAAGUUCACAGUGGAUGCUUUCAUUUCAAUGACCCAUAGAUGUCUCUCUACUCUUGCCCUCUGUAGCUCUGUCUCUGUUCUGUAGAAUGAUGGAUCUUUUUUCUAAAGUUAAUUGAGUUUAGGCUGUUUCCUUUCCUCUAAACGCACAUGACCAUCCUGUGAUUUUCUAUCCGUCUCCCAAAACAGGCCUCAGAACUUUGUUGUUGGUGUUGUGAAUGUGUUACUUGGAUACUGCUUCAAAAAAUAUUACUUUUCACAAGAUGCAUUUGACAGGGUGGAUCCUUGCGGUGGCUCUAGUUUUCGGGACCUCAAAUCUCAAGAUCACAUCUGCGGGACCUCUCCAUGCACAAUGCAAAGUAGAAUGGUAUUUUGGGAUCCCCUGUAGACAGGUCUAUGAAGGUCUGAUCACUCAGAUCAAGCAGUGGAGGACCAUGUCCAGCUGUGCGAUGGGUGGACAGAGGUGCCUCUACAAGCUCCAGGCAGCCUCUAUCCACUUCAUAGCAGCCAAACACACCACACCAUUUAAGAAGUCUGUCGAUGACCUGACGUUCCGUCUGGUCUCCUUUGAGUUCUUCACCCACUGUCACGUCUCGGCCAUGUCUGUCUCAGAGAGCUGGUAUGCCAUUAGAGAUCACGGCACAAACUACUGCAACCUCUAUAAUCUCAUGGAAGGAAGUGGCCUUACAGACGCCCCUGGAUACAAAGAGAUAACAAGUGACUUCCUGUGUACCCAGCGAUCCUCUGCUGACUGCACUGUAUACUGACACCAUGAUGGCCCAUGGUUCAUAUUGCAUGGCAACAGCUGGCUAACCAUCAGAUCGUUCCUCAUCAUUUGAUAGUGUUAGCAGCGCCACAUUUUAUACACACACUGCUUUUGUUUUUUUAAAGGUCUUCUUUUUUUAUUUGAUCCAUUAAUUCUUAUGCUGUAUCUUUUUAUCCUUGUUAUUUUUUACAUUUCGAUUAAAAUGACUGUUAUUGUACGGUAACUGCCCAUCUUGUGAUGAAGCAAUGAAGUCAAAACGUUCAAGUAAGGAGUAGUGAGGUAAAAGUUUAAUCUGUAAGGUCUUUCCUGCUGUCUCAAGCCCGGGAGAAAACUUAGUUGUAAAUAUAGCUCUCCUUUCAUUCUAUACCUCUGAGGUGAGUCGUGGUCUGAGGAGGGGCAUCGUUCUUUUUGACACCUAAACCAGUUUUCCUCUUAAAAGCAAUGGUGCCUGGGUAAAAAAAAACACAGUGAGCUAUGUGAAUUGCAGGGCAGGUUUUUAUUAGCACAGCAAUAUGGUCAGCUGGGCUUUGCCAUCCAUCACAGCGAAGGCUUUUCAGAUCACUGCUAGAAGACACUUUGCCACGGACAUCAAUGUCUAUGGCUGCAUCCCAAAUGUUAACGUAUUCCCUAUAUAGUGCACUAGUUUUGACAUAGGCCCACAGGGUGCACUUUAUAGGUAUAGGGUGCCAUUUGGGAGUUAGACAUUCUAUGCUUUAGUUUAGCCAGAUAGCUUUCCUCUCUUGCCAAUAGGUGGCAGUGUCUGCAAGCUCCUUUGUCUUGUUACGGUUAUCUGCACAAAUUGACUUUUAUUAUCAUUAAACCACAGCAAUUCCAAUAUUUCAAAGAAAAGGUGUAUGCAUUUCACUAUGGACAGAGAAAGUGGACUAGGAAGAGAGCAGGCAUUGCAUAAAGACUAUUGCUUUGAUUCUUCAUUUUUCCAGCACAAACGAGCCACCACGCUUCACAGCCUAAGGGCAUAGAUUUCCCUGCUUUCUGAAGAAGUGUAACAUAACCGAAUGAUGUGUGCUCAAAGAGAUCAACGAUUGUUUAAUUCUGAUAGUAAGUAGACUGUUAUUUUCUGUGAAUGUGUUAUCCAAUAUAAUGAUUGAAUUGAAAUAGCUCUUCAACUAACACUUACACUACAGUAAUAUCAGAGCUUAAAUUGGGAUAGUGGUCGUGGAACUGACUUCAAAAUGGAUAGGCUCUGAGAGAUCAUUUUUAAUUGACAGUUUUAUGUCCAUCUGACAGUUAGCAUUGGCUCCGUCCUGUCCUCCAUCCAAAUGUGGAUGAAUGCUGUUCCACUUCAUUCCAUCCAGUCCAAUUUAACAGCUGUUUAUUUAAUAUGUAUGUUGUAACACAUGCAAAUAGUUUUUGUUUUAGAUGGGUCAAGUUACAGAUAUUUUGAAAGCAUGGCCAAACUGUCGUUCACUAUGUUUUUGGGGAAAAGGAUGUAUUACGACUUCUUCCCUGUGACAUCAGUAUUUUGGAGGGCAUAUGAUCCUAUGCUGUGUGCAUGUCUUCAUGCGUACGUGGUUGUAUGUGCCCUUUCAACGGGUACUUUACAUGGUUAGACAGGACAGGCCCAUGACAGUGCAUCCCCUUUCCUGCCCACAUAACACAAACAGUGUUGAAUUCCCUCUUAUUAAAACUGAAAUGACCCAAACUAAUCAUAGCCUGGAAUCUAAACUGACAUGCUCAAUUUCACCAUUAAAACAGAACAUAUCAGUUUGGAUUCCAGGCUAUCAAAAUCCUGCCCAAAACAAUGAUUUUGUCAAGGGGCCCCAGGGCCAUUAGGGGCCUUAUAACUCCAGGCAGACAUCUCAAACAGGGACUAUGUCUGAAAUGGCACCCUAUUCCCUAUGUAGUGCACACAUUUUGACGAGAACCCUCUGGGCCCUGAUCAAAAGUAGUGCACUACAUAGGGAAUAGGGCGCCAUUUGGAAGGAAGCCAUGACAAGGUCCAGAGUGGCAGGGGGACGAGGUAAUCACAGUCUGUGUAUUGACCAAUAUUGAGAAGCACAACAAUACCAUCUAUAAAUCACCAUUGAGAGUAUGAGAGCUACGCUGGGUACAGGAUCUCAAGGACAAAACAGGCUGUCCCCUCUAGCCGGAAGGGAACCAACCUUGUAAAAAGGGUCUGCUCGCUUGAUACAAGGCAGUGUUAUUGUUGUGGACUGUAGCCCGCAGACUACCUUGCCUUAAUGGUUAAACUGUUAGGAUUUGUUUUGGUGUAAUUCACAAUUAAAUAUAGUUGAUGCAUAAUGUUUUACAGUAUAGGAAGAGAAUUAGGUUUCUUUCACAAAUCGUUGGCUCAAAGUAAGAAAGGACCUAACAUGACACAAGCUAAUAGUAAUUAGCGAAUGUGUCUCCCUGUAUUAUACACAUUUACAUACAACACCUUAGGAGUCUAAGGAGUAGAGAUCUCUAUCUCCACUACACUGAGUGUAGGAUAGUUCUCUGAGGAGAUGCCAGAGCAGAUCCAUCACUCUGGUUCCACCACUCUCAUUAGCUGUGACAGAACAUUAGCUCAGUGGAGGAGUGGAGAAUGGAGCUAGUAUGGUUCUAGAGCGGGAGGGUUCCGUUACAUAUGACCAUGUGACCCAGUCACUAGCACUAAGGAUCACCCUGCCUCAGAUCACCACAUUCAUACUGUGACUGUGUGUGUGUGUGUGUGUGUGUGUGUGUGUGUGUGUGUGUGUGUGUGUGUGUGUGUGUUAAUACCCCUUGAGAUCCAUCUGAGUUGGUAUGGAUCUAUUGUAUGAUAUGAUCCUCCCCAAACCUUUCAUUUACAAAAUGUCUUCGUUCUUUUGACGCCCUUAUAGCAGCGGUGUAAAUUAUAUGUGAGUAUAGAGCCAUGUAGCGUGGUGUGUGUGUUCUUUAACACAGUGGGACAGAAACAUACCUGACAGUCUUUAAGCUGUCACCUCCAGCUAGCUAACUCCACUUGGCUUUCUUCCACUGAGUGUGUUUGUCACACGCGCAUGCACACACACACACACACACACACACACACACACACACACACACACACACACACACACACACACACACACACACACACACACACACACACACACACACACACACACACACACACACACACACCAACUGUCUUCUUAUCAUUUUGAACUCAUGUAUGGCUCUGUCUAUUUGUAAUUGAUUGAACUGCAGCUGUGUUUAAAAAAAUAUCUACAGUAUGUAUUAUAGGUACAGUAACAGUCUGUCUGAAAGCCUAACAGUUUUACAUGCAAUGUGUUGUCCUUUUAAAGAAGAAAAAUAAA